CCAAUGGAAACCAUGUCAUAUCCUUGUUCUCCUCUUCUCUCUUUUCCUAUACACGAAGAGAGUUGCUAUCCGCUAUGGUCUCCUGAAGUAGCCUGCCAUGAGAAUUCCCCUGUUGAUCCUUCCCCUUAUCAUCAUGAAGAUUGUGAGCUCUUUGACACCAUAGCCACAGAUUCUAGCGAUACACAUGGCCAAAAUGCUUUUGGUGUUGAUGCGCUCACCCAUCGUCAUGAGAAGCUUCUGCGCCAAGAGAAUGGUAACUUGGCGGCUAUCCAAGAGGAGCUCAUGGAGGAGAACAGUCUAAGUGAUCUCCUUCUCACUGGAGCAGAGGCGGUCGAGGCUGGGGAUUCAAGCCUUGCCUCAGUAGUGUUCUCAAAACUUGAUGACCUCCUUCAUGUCACCUGUGAAAAUGCAGCAACCAGCUGUUUUGAUCGCUUGGCCUACCACUUUGCCCAAGGCCUGCAGUCCCGGAUGUCUGGUGCCUGCUCUCCAUGCUACCCGCCAGAACCAGUUCAGUCUGGUACCAUGUCGGUACACCAGAUGAUACAAGAGCUGUCACCAUUUGUCAAGUUCACGCACUUCACCGCCAAUCAGGCCAUUCUAGAUGCCACCACAGGCAACAUGGAUGUCCAUGUCAUCGACUUCAACCUUGGCGAGGGCGUCCAGUGGCCGUCACUCAUGUCAGACCUUGCUCGCCAAGGUGGCAAGUCGUUCCACCUUACGGCAAUCAUAACAGAUGCUGAUUACAAUAACAACACUCAUCACACAGCUGCACGGUGUCUUGCAGAGUUUGCCGAGUCCUUAAACCUCCCCUUCCAGUACAGCUCUGUUUGUAUACACAAUAAGGAGAACCUGGAGGACUUUUCCAGGAACCUUGAAGGCUCAGUGGUUGUCUCAUGUGACACAACGAAUUUGUGUUACAAGUUGCGGAACAAGUUACAGAUGCUACUACUUGGAUGUGUCAAGAAGUUGCAGCCUACAUUAGUGGUCAUCAUAGAAGAAGAGCUGGUCGGAUUUGGAAAAGAGGCUUCUCUAUCUCAAGGUUCCUUUGUAGAGUUCUUCUUUGAGGCAUUGCACCAUUUCACAACGGUGUUUGAGUCCCUGUCGAGUUGUUUCAGAAGUAGUAGCAAUAGGAUCUUCCUGAGGCUUGUGGAGAGGGACAUGGUGGGGCCGAAGAUACAGGACUUUGUGGCGCAGUACGGGUCUGUGACACUUGAGGCUCCUCCUAGGAAUUUGGAAGGGUUUAUGUCUUGUGAGCUGAGUGCUCGUAAUAUUGCCCAGGCCAGGAUGCUGGCUGGGUUGUUCAAUAGGAGCUUUGGGAUUGCACAUGAGAAGGGCAGGCUUCAGUUGUGCUGGAAGUCCAGGCCUUUGAUCUCUGUGUCAGUUUGGACUCCUCUGUCUCUGUUUGCAGACUUCAAUUCGAUCACUUCGUCCCAGCGAGUUCUCAUCAUGGAGGCACUGAUAUCUGCAGUUGCAGGUGAUCUUAUGAGCCGGUUCAUCUCUUUUGUAGCACAGAAUUUUUGCAAUCAUACAGAGAGUGAGGAUAAUUACAGGAGGUUGGAGCAUGUCUUGCUAAGGGUUCAUACUAUUGUCGAGGAAGCAGAGGGGCGGCACAUCAGAAAUCAAGGAAUGCUCCUACAGCUGAAGAUGCUCAUCAAGGACAUGUAUGUUGGGCACUACAUGCUUGAUAGGCUCAAGAUUCAGUCUAUUAAAGAAGAAAAAGUUGAAGGUGAGGUGAGUCAUCAGAAUCAGCCAUUUUCUAUGUCUGCUCUUAGUGCUGCCAAGCGCUUUCGUUUUGCUUAUACUACCAGAAUGAACACACCAGUAGCGUCUGGUACCAGACCAAGUGCAGCAAAGCUUAAGUGUAUGCUUGAAAGUUUAGAAACAAAGAUUCAAGAUAUGAGGGAGUUCGUCAUACUACUUGCCAGCUGCCCUCGACUGCCUCAUCAGCCUUAUAGUACAUAUCUGUUCAUGGAUAGGUGCAUGUUUGGUCGCUACUCUGAGAAACAGCAAGUCAUCAGUUUCUUGGUAUGCAAUGAUACUCAUGGCUGCCCAAAUCUAGACAUCCUUCCGGUCUUGGGUCCGCAUAGAGUUGGAAAGAAAACACUUGUGCAACAUGCUUGCAAGGAUGAGAGGGUACGCAAUUGUUUCACGGAUAUAUUGUUCUUCAAAGGACAUGAUCUAGAGAAUGGAGAAUUUGCAGCGAACUUAAAGGUUAACUCACGGAAGUGCUUGUUUGUUAUUGAGUUCAGUUGGGGUGUGGAUGAGGUAGCAUGGAUGAACUUUAAAUCCUAUUUGCAGAACGUGGUAGGUGCUGGAAGUAAAAUUGUUCUGAUAGGAAGAACUCAGGAGGUUGCUAAGUUUGGGACGGCUCAUCCUAUCUGGAUGAAGAGUUUGUCUGAAGAAGAGUACUGGUACUACUUCAAGGCUCUAGCUUUCGGAAGCAUGGAUCCUGAUGAGCAUCCAAGACUUGCAUCUCUGGGCAUGCAGCUGGCUACUGAACUAAAAGGCUCAUUCCUGGGUGCAAAUAUUCUUGGUGAGAUGUUAAGAUCUAAUCCUAACCCUCAAUUCUGGCACGCCAUCUUGUCAAGUGUCAGAGCGCUAGUACAGGAACACCUGUUUUCCUCUGGCGUACACCCGGAAGACCUUCUCGAGAGAAAUGCUCCUGUUGAUUUUCCAAUGGCCUUUGUGGGUGCUCAUGGUCAGCGAUGUCUGGUGUAUGAUCUUAGGGAGGCUGACCCUGGACAAGAUGAGCUGCCGUUACCGACUUCUCAAGAAGUGCUAGUGGGUGGCAAGGUUCCUGCUGAGGAGAAGUUUGAUGUGCUGGUUUGGAAGUCUCGCAUCCCACCAUACUGCAGCUUCAUAGCUACUUACAAGAAACAGAAGCCGCAGCGCAUGGUUGGCAAGAGGAAUCGUCUGGCACUGAGAGAAGCAUCAGUGUAGUUGUUUGCUGGAAAAGUUCUCAGCAAGGUAUUGCAUGCAUCCUCGGACAUCUUUGCUCGAGGUUGUCUGCUGAUGCAUAUGAUCUCAAGGCAAGGGAUCGAAGCCAACCGUGCCCACUGACGUAUGGUUAGAAAUUUUCUGGUGAUGGGAAGUUUGAUGUGCCAGUAUGGAAUUCUGGUCCUGCCUUUCAGCGAAUGUCGCCACCUCUGUGAAGCCAAAGCCCAUGUACAUAUUGGCAUGAUCUUGUUUGAAAGAACAUAUUGUUGCCACUUCCAUUGCGAACUGUAUGUAGCCCAUUGUAGCCUUGUAGGCUUCUGGUCCAAUGCUUUGUAUGAAGAACAUGUUGCUGUAACA